AUGUCGGCCACCAUUGCAGAGAAGUCUGGUCACGUGCAAAUCCCUCCUGCCCCAGCUUCAGUGGCUCAACAUGACGACCACAACUUGUCUGAACUCGACGCGGAGGACGCGUCUGAGGACGAGGACAAGUAUCAACAUGGCCUUAGGCUAGCCAUAGUGUUGUUUGCCGUUGCUCUUGGCGUAUUUCUGGUGGCCCUGGAUAUGACAAUUGUGACAACAGCAAUCCCACGAAUUACAGAUGACUUCCAUAGUGUCGACCAAGUAGGCUGGUAUGGAUCCGCCUUCUUCCUCACCCUCGCUUCAUUUCAGUCCUUCUGGGGAAAGCUGUACAAAUUCUCUCCCGUCAAGAUAGUUUUCCUAGCUUGCAUCACGAUCUUCGAGAUUGGCAGCUUGAUCUGCGCUGUUUCACAAAAUAGCUCAACUUUGAUUGUGGGCAGAGCAAUUCAAGGAUGGGGUGCUGCUGGUAUUAUCAGCGGUUGCUAUAUCAUGAUAUCUCUGGUUGCAGUUCCAAGCAGAAGAGCCGGCUUCACGGGACUAAUUGGUGCCGUGUAUGGCAUGGCUAGUGUUAUAGGCCCUCUUAUAGGCGGCGUUUUUACCGAUAAGGCAUCGUGGCGAUGGUGCUUCUACGUCAAUCUUCCUAUUGGCGGCACAUCUCUCGCGCUGAUUCUGAUAUUCCUGAAAACUUCGGGUGUUCCGGCACCGGCACCACUGCGAGAAAAGGUUCUGCAGUUGGAUCUCCCAGGGACAGCGACGGUUUUAGGCAGUCUGACAUGUCUUCUCCUUGCCUUGCAGUGGGGAGGGACAACUCGAGGCUGGGGGUCAUCAGAGGUAAUUGGGACACUGGUUGGAUUUGUUUUGCUAGCAGCAGCUUUUGCUGGAAUCCAGAUCCAAUCAAAGGAGAGAGCUGCUAUUGUGCCUAGAAUUUUCGGAAAGAGAAUGAUCAUGGUGUGCUGCAUAUAUGUUUUCUUCCAAUCGGGAGCCAACUUCCUUUUCACCUAUUACAUCCCUAUAUAUUUUCAGUCCAUAGAUGGGACGUCUGCAGCUGAGAGUGGAAUUCGCAAUCUGCCCCUUAUUGUUGGAUCCUCCCUCUUCGCUGCCAUCAGUGGCGUUUCUGUUGGCAUCAUUGGCUACUUCGUUCCAUUCCUUGUUCUUGGGAGCGCUAUCUUCACCAUAGGUGCAGGCCUUGUCUAUACUCUAGACAUAGGCAGUUCUGCGGGCAAAUACAUUGGCUAUCAGAUCAUCUUAGGUGUUGGCCAAGGAUUAUGUAUCCAGAUUCCAGUUAUUGCCGGCCAGGCAUUCUCUCAGACUGAAGAUAUUCCUACAGCAACCGCGAUGGUGCUUUUCUUUCAGAUGAUGGGAGGUGCAGUAUUUGUUUCCGCAGGACAGAGUGUAUUUGACAACAUACUCCUCCGGCAGAUUCGAAAACUUUCUCAGACCAUCAAUCCAUCAAUUGUGCUAGAAAUUGGCGCAGGUAGUCUUCGAGAUGCUUUCUCGGGCUCUGAGCUAACUACAGUCCUUGAAUCCUAUAUGAGCGGACUGAAAGCAGCUUUUGCUUUUGGUACUGGCGUUGCCGGAGUUGCUGUUCUCGUGAGCCUCUGGGCCCCAUUUAAAACUAUCAAGGGAAAAGCAGUCAUUACUGGUGCGGCUUGA